AUGCACAACUUCUCCUCCACUACAGCCUUUAACCGUUCCGACAGGGUGAAGCCAACUCUCAAAGCAGACCGCCGAGCAGGCAAGCAGAGCAAGAAACCCAGCCGUCCCAAGAGGUUCUUCAGAUCUGUACACAAACUUCUGGGUAUGUGCUGGGGCGGAAAUAUCAACAACAAGAAGAUUACUAGGGAAGCCCGACAGAAGGCACAAGAGAAGGAGCAGUUGCUGCUGGACGAGGACAGCGAUGCGGGAGAGGACUGGGACGAGGAUGAGGUGUUGAUGGGCGUCGAUGGAGAUGAUAGAGGGAGGUACAGAAUUGCGAGUGUCGAUGUCGGAAGGGCGAGACAGGUGUCUGGGUGGAAGGCUGGGAUAUGA